UAUGGGGUGCCUGGGGGGCGGAGAUGGGUAUCCGAAAGGGCUGAGAAUGGGGAUCUAGGGAAGCUCAGAUGGGAAUCCAGGGAGGCUCAGAUGUGGAAUUCUAGAAGACUCGGGGUGGAGAGUCUAAGGGGUUCAGGUAGGGAAGAAGGUUUGAGAGGUGUCAGGCUCUGGACUAAAGGCCCAAGGUUGCUACAGGACUGGGUGCAUGGAGUUGGUGUCCAUGGAGGAUCAGGAUGCCAGGGUCCCAGCUCUGGAACCAUUCAGGGUGGAACAGGUUGUCAGACUCGGGGUGCAGAGGGUGAAGGCACCACCUGUAAUCUACUAUGUCCCUGACUUCAUCUCCAAGGAAGAGGAGGAGUAUUUGCUUCGACAGGUCUUCAAUGCCCCAAAGCCAAAGUGGACCCAGCUCUCCGGGAGGAAGUUACAGAACUGGGGACCCCAUUCCCCUCUCCCAGGUGGGCUCCCCCAUCCCCGGGGGAUGGUUCCUGAGCGGCUGCCUCUGUGGCUCCAGCGCUAUGUGGACAAAGUAUCUGACCUCAGCCUUUUUGGAGGUCUUCCAGCCAACCACGUCCUUGUGAACCAGUAUCUGCCUGGGGAGGGCAUCAUGCCCCACGAGGACGGGCCACUCUACUACCCGACCGUCAGCACCAUCAGCCUGGGCUCUCACACCAUGCUGGACCUCUACGAGCCGCGGCAGCCAAAGGAUGAUGACCCCGCGGAGCAGCCGCGAUCCCCGCCCCGGCCGACCACCUCGCUGCUGCUGGAACCGCGCAGCCUCCUGGUGCUCCGAGGCACUGCCUACACACGCCUCCUUCACGGCAUCGCAGCUGCCAGAGUAGACGCGCUGGACGCCACCUCCCUGCCGCCCAACGCCACCGCCUGCCCAUCUGCGCGGCCCGGAGCCAGCCUGGUCCGUGGCACGCGCGUCUCGCUGACCAUCCGUCGCGUGCCCCGCGUGCUGCGCACCGGCCUCCUGCUCAGCAAGUGAUGCCAGGCACCGGCCCUGCUCACAUUCCCGGGCUCUCCGCCUCCUGACCUUGGAACCCUGGGCCAGAGGCGGCUACCCCUCGCCCCCACCACCACCGCGGGUUAUUUAUUUUCCCAGUAACUUUGUGGGAACUACAGGAAGAGGCCCCAUUUCAAAUAAACCAACAAAAAUCUU